CCUACAAUAGAAAGUCAUUCUGCUGUGUUUGUCUUUCCAGACAACCUGCAGGAUUCUGUUGGAAAAGAGGAGGAUUUCUCUGACCAGCAGCUCUAUGAACAGGAGAGGAAUUCCAGUUUGGACCAAGAGGAACCAGAACUUGUGCAGAUAAAAGAAGAGCAGCAAGAACCAGAACAUCCCUGGACAAAAGAGGAAACCGUGGAGCUCCCCAUAACUGAGCAGGAAGAGCAGCUUGUUCUGAAGCAGGAGACAGAAGAUACAUGCAAGGAACAUUUACCAUGUUUGACAUGUGAAGAAAACUUUCCAAAAAAAGAACAUUUAAUGGAUCACAUGAGCACUCACUCAGGCGAGAACAUUAAUGAAAGUCUGUCCUCUGGAAAAAGUUUCUCUCAGAAAUCAAAUCUUGUUACACACACCAGACUUCCUACAGGUGAGAAACCAUUUUCCUGUACUAUUUGUAACAAAAGGUUUACUUUAGAAAGUAAUUUGACUAAACACACAAGAAAUCAGACUUGUGAGAAGCCUUUUGAAUGUCUGUCCUGUGGAAAAACCUUUAUCUUUAAAUCUGGACUUAAUGAACACAUGAGAACUCACACAGGUGAGAAGCCUUUCUCCUGUACUAUUUGUAGCAAACAGUUUACUCUAAAGGGUAAUUUAACCGAACAUAUGAGAAUUCACACGGGUGAGAAGCCUUUCGAAUGUCUUUCCUGUGGAAAAAGCUUCGCUCAGAAAUCUAAUCUUACUACACACAUGAGAAUUCACACAGGUGAGAAGCCUUUCUCCUGUAUAAUUUGUGGCAAAAAGUUUACCUUAAAAAGUCAUUUGACUUUUCACAUGAAAACUCAUUCGGAUGAAAGACAUUUUUCUUGUUUGUUCUGUGGAAGAAACUUCCCUCAGAAAUCGCAUCUUGAUAGACACGUAAGAAUUCACACAGGGGAGAAACCUUUUUCCUGUACAAUUUGUGGCAAAGAUUUUACUAGAGAGGAUAAUCUGACUCAACACAUGGGAACUCACGUGAGAAAUAUUUUUAAUCCAUGACACAUGAAACUAAUUAUCUUAAAAAGAGAGAUGUGUUGCUUCACAUAAGAAGUCCCAGCAGUUAGAACCACAUGAUUGAACAGUAGAGGCCUUUUCCAUGUUUGACUUGUGAUAAAAUGUCAAUUUAGAAACUCCUUCACCUCAUUACACGAGAGACUCACAGGUUAAAAGCCUUUUUCUUGUUAAGUUUUAAGGACAAACUUUUCAUUAACAGAAACUAUUGUUUAAUUAAUUCAAAUGAUUUUUUUUCUGUGGUGGAUGUUUCCCUUUAAUGUCGUCACUUCUAGAUUGAUGUAGUGAGUGGGAAUAAAAACCUAAUGGAUUCUAAAAAUGUAUAUUAUUUCAUUUAAGUUACAAAUCUUUUUCCAUGUUUUUUUUUUCUGAUAUUAACAGACAAACUAGAGCUGUAAUAUAAUUUAAUGGUAUUAAAUUGUUUAGAUGAAUGUGUCUUUUUUAUUUUUUGUGGUAAUUGUUUGGUAGAUUUAAUUAUUUCAUAUUCAAUUUGAAUAGAUCAGUUUCUAGUUCAUAGAAAGCCGGAGCUGGCAGGUGACAUUUAUAAGAAAAUCUGAUUACACAAUGGACCAAUAAAGUCCUUGUUUUAACCAUCACUGGUUAUGGAGCGUUUCUUUGGUAUUAGGUGGUUAAUGUGGAGCCAUCGAGUCAUCUCGAUGUCAUGUAUUGGUGCUGGCUAGUCACUGAACCAGCUGAAUCCAAUGUGCACAAUUUCAUUCAAUGUGCAGGUUGGACUCACCUUGUUCUGUAAAAAUAAAAAUGACAAAUUCUGUUCUGUUUUUCCAUGGUUUGAGGAACAAUAAUUACUCUUCAUGGCAGGUUUGGCAAUAAUAAAGUUAUCAUAGCAACUUUCUGUGUCUACCAUGGCAUGUUCUGGCAUCCUGUGGCAUCUUCAUUACCAGGGAAUUCUACUGAGUACCAGUGUGUUUUUAGAGGAAAAUUCCGGUCAUAUUCAAAAUAUGAAAAUAUUACUUUUCAAUAACUGAUUAGUGUUUUCAAUUAAGAGUAAUUUUAUUAGAAUGUUUGUCAACAAGCACUACUGCUACCUACGGCUUUGUGACUGUGCGGUAUCGGCUGUUGAUCAAGUCCCAAUGCUGUAUCUGGUGUUUGUCACAAUGCGCCAUUAUCCAUGAUGGUGACAACAGAAUCCCAAGCAGAUGUUACACAGCCUGUGUUCUCUAUGCUGCUUUCAAAUGGAAAAAACCCCCGAAGAGCAAAGCUGAUCAAUGUUUUGAAUAACCUUUAAAUUAAAAAUAAAUUUUCUAUAAAAA